UCGGACUUUGACCUGUCCAUUCGCCAACAGCCCAACCGGGCGCGAGUGGCUGGUGGCAAGGAGAAGGAGCGCAAACCUAUCGAUCCUCCCCCGAUCGUUCAGCUCCGAGUGCGCGAGGAAGGCUCUUAUUUGGCAACCCAUUACCUGCAAAGUCCCUAUUAUUUUAUGUGCUGCAGCUUGUACGAUGCUACAGAAGACCGUCCAGUCCCAGUUGCUCCUUCAACUGCGUUAGCAGGUACCCUGGUCUCGUCCCUUCACCGGUUGAAGGACGUUGACAAUAGUGAUGGAGGAUUCUUUGUUUUCGGUGACCUUUCCGUGAAGAUCGAGGGCGAGUAUCGAUUGAAGUUCACUUUGUUUGAGAUGCGAACAAACCAGGUUACUUAUUUGAAGACCAUCAUUUCAGAUGCUUUCACAGUGUCACCACCAAAGAGCUUCCCAGGCAUGAUGGAGUCCACGUUUCUUUCUCGGUCUUUUGCGGAUCAAGGUGUGAAGUUGCGCAUUCGAAAAGAGCCCAGGACUAUGAUGAAACGUCCUCGGCCGGACGAAUUCCCUCAAGCCAUGCCUCCGCGAUCACCAGAGCGGCAGUCGGUCCAGAUUCCCCCUGCAACCGGCUACAGUGGAUAUCCGGCGGCGGCAAAUCGCGACUACGCGUAUUAUGGUGCACCAGUCAAGCGCCAGCGAGCUUCGAUAGAUUAUGGUCGCCAGAGUCUCUACCCGGAUCCAGAUGGUCGCAUGACUCGCCCAAUCGAGACAUAUGGUCAACCAACCGCCAUGUACGGUCAACCUAGUGCAUACCAAAACCCAGCCAUGGGUUACUCAACAGGCCAGGUAGUGCCGGAUUACGGGAUGUCAUAUGGUCUUCCGCCCACAGCUCCUAUGUCUCAAAUGUCCGACCCCUCCGGUCAAGCUCGAUCUCAACAAGCUGCCGUGGGACAGCUAAUGGCGAUGAACCAACCUGGCACACCUACCUCAGAUUCAACUGGAGCAACAGCAGCUAUGAUGGCCCAAGGAUAUCAUCGGUCCGCAUACCCGACCUCGACCUCGAAUUCUACGACUACUACCCUUCCUCCGUUGCAACGAAAUCGCAAUUAUCCCCAAGGUACCAAUGGGACUGGACAAACCCGAGGAUACUUUGAUCCCCCAUCUCCAUCGGUGACACCUAUUCUUCCAUCUCAAAUGGUUCCUGAGGGUGAUCGGUAUGGUUCCGCCUAUGAUCCACCGGGAUCCUCCCAUGGAACUCCUCGAUAA